AUGGCUGUCCCCAAAGCGAAGGGCUAUCGGCCGAGAUGCUUCUUUGAUGUUCAAAUAAAUGGAUCUCCAGGUAAGAAACGUUAAAUUCCUCGGAUAAAAUGUUUGCAUGGGCUGCUGUUUUUCAAAGUCAAGUCAUUUGGCUAGAGAAGCGGCUGAAAUUCAGGCCAUAACUCAAUAAUAAUUAUUGGAAAUAAUCAAGCUCGUGUCUAGAUAACCUACAGCCGAAAACUGUUUCGGCAUUCAGAAAUUUUGAGCAAUUUUCUCGAAAUAGCUCGUUUAAUUCUUCUAACAACAUAAGGUAUUUGUUGAGAAAUCUCAAGCGAUUAUAAAUAUUGCCUUGGGUUAAAAUAGUCAGGUGGCUAAAGGCUCAGAUCUAUACAGAGCGGACAAAAGCACCAAACUUUGCAUGGUUGUAGCUUAGGGCAUGUUAGUCAAUAUUAGGAUCGGUGCCCACAGCUACCUCUUCAGGAUUUGCAGCAACUGCUCGCUUCAACAACCUUCCAUGAUGGGUUCCCUGUGCUAAAAAUUGCAAUUACUUGUUUUUUGCCAUUUUUUGAUGAAAAUCGCGUAAAAAGGGAAGUAGAUUAAAAAAGAAACUGUAUUAAUACCAUUAUUAUUGAAAACAAUGACUAAAACAAGUCUACUUAAUGAUAUAGCAAUUAUGAUAUACCAUGGUGGGUAUCCUGUGCUAAAGAUAUCAAUUCCUUUUUUUGCCAUUAUUUUGAUGAAAAUCACAUGAAAGACAAGAAAAUAAAAAAAGAAAUUGUGUUAUUAUUGAACCAAUGACAAAAACAAGUCAACUAAAUGGAAAAUCCAAGGAAAAUGUUUUCAGACGCGUACCCAGUCUCAAAUAGCCUUUUAAGAUGGCGGCUUGAAGGUGUCUUUUCAUGGACUGUAGGUAUCUGCUAGAAUAAAUUGCCGUUUUUUUAGGGGAAAUUGUGCAAAAUUUGAAUCACGACAGGUUAUGUGAAGUUUUAAGCUCUUCUUGGUGAUAAAUUUGUUAUCGAAAGCCACAUUUUCGCUUCAUAUUUUGUGCCGAUUGUGAAUGACUAUACCGAGUUUAUUAACUUACUGGUUAGUUAAAGGUUUCUGAAGCUGAGAUGUUUUCUACACGCCAGGAUGGAUAUUAACUGGGAUCGUUGUUAUAUUUGCCAAGAAUCAACAAAAGAAGAUUUGAGAAGCCCACUGGUUUAACGGUACAAGCAUUAAUUCAUAGAACGCUCCUUGAAAAUGUACUAAAAAGGCUGACGUGCGAAAUAGGCAUACAUGUCAGAGGAACGCAAGAAGAAAAGUGGAGCAGCUUGGAAGGCCGAGGAAGACGAGAAAUGAAAUAAAUCAAGAGCAUUUGUUGAACUCACUGAGUACAUAGCAAAUGAAGUGGAGAAUGAUACACAUUUCUUUAUACUUGCUGAACUUCAUAUUAAGCUGUAUUCGUUACAAACAAAGGCACACACUUUGCAGUUCCACUAUAGUGUCAGUCUUACAAGCUCGUUUGGUGCCACAAUCUCCAACUUGCUGUUUCUGAUCUGCUUCAAUAUUCUUUUUUCUCUUUUCUAGUUUGCUUUUUCUUAUUUGGACGUAAGGUGACAGGAUUGAUGGCACUUUGCACUUCAGUAACGUGUUUCCUACUGUAGUGAUUUCAAUAUGAAACUUAAUUGCAACAAGACGGCACAGUCCUCCUUCCUGAAUUCUAGCAAAUUGUCAAGGAGCGUUCCAUAAAUCAUUGAUCCGUUAAAUUAAUGGGUUUCUCAGAUCCUCUCUUUUCGAUUCUCACCCUAGGUAAAUAUGACAACGAUCCCAACUGAUUUCAAUCUUCGUGUGUAGAAACGAGUUUAAACUCAAUCAUGAUAAGACUGAAAUCAUGCUUAUCAUGUCGAUGUACCGUACUCGUCCACCCUUUAGUGACGUCAUUAUGGGUAAUGCAAGGCUAAGAACCACCACCAACAAAGCCUGGGAGUAGUAUUUGAUGACAACGUGCUGUUUGACGCACACGUCUUAGCAUUUUUUUGCACAACAUCGUUUCACUAACUCAGGAACUUAUCAAAGAUAAGAAAGUGUCUCACACGGGAGUCUUGCGAAAUUGCAGUGCAUGCUGUUAUUACAUCUAAAACAGACUAUUAAUUGCAAUUCCUUGCUCUAUGGUUGUAGGAAAAUGCACUUGAAGGAACUUUUAAUAAUAUGUUCAGAACACUGCCCCCAGGAUCGUUACUCGAACUCGAAAACUUUGCGAACACAUCAUUUAUUUGACUUUCACUGGCUUCCUGUUAGUUAUCAUGUUGUUUAUUUUGUCAGUUUUCAAAUCACUUAAUAACCUUCCACAUAGCUACCUAGCGGACAGUUAUCGAAGGCCUUCCAGGAACUUGUGGUCCGCAUCUCAGCAGGUCUUAGAACAACCUCGAAAACUCACGGGAAAAGACUUUUUCAGUGUGCCCCUAAACUGUGGAACUCACUACCAUUAGCUAGAUUUGCGCAAGUCACCAUCUUUAGCCAGUUGAAAGAAAGGACUGAGAACAUACCUUUUUACCCAAUUUUUAGAGAGUAAGUCAACACUUUUGUAAAACGUCUUUAAUAUCUGCAGAUCAUAUACCUAUACUUAUAGAAUGAAUAUUUAGUUUUUUGCAUGACUUAUUAUCAUUAUAUAUAAACUUUAAAGCCAAAAUAAUUUUAAAACAGAUGAAUUCUUAGGUUGUUUCCUUCUCUUGUUCUUGGUGAAUUGCAAAUAGAUUUUAAUAUAUGUUAUUUCAUGCUCGAGAUAUAAUUUUUUUUCUCUUUAACAUUGUAAAGCACCAUGUACUCAGGAUAUGAGCGCUAUAGAAAGAAGCUGUUUUUACUAUUAUUAAUUUUAACCAGUACGAAAAUAAACGCAGUAUAGUCAUUCAUAAUCGGCACAAAAUGUGAAGAGAAAAUGUGGCUUUCGAUAACAAAUUUAUCACCAAGAAGAACUUAAAAUUCACUUAAACCUGUCGUGAUUCAAAUUGUACACAAUUUCUCCCCCAAAACGGCAAUUUAUUCUAGUAGAUACUUACAGUCCAUGAAAAGACACAGCCGCCACCUUGAAAGGCUAUUUUGGACUGAGUACGCGUCCGAAAACAUCUUCCUUGGAUUUUCCAUUUAGUUAACAUGUUUUUUUCAUUAGUUUCAAUAAUAAUACAAUUUCUUUUUUAUUUCCAUGUCCUUCAUGUGAUUUUCAUCAAAAUAAUGGUAAAAAAAAGGAAUUGGUAUUUUUUUAGCACAGGGCACCCACCAUGGUACAUCAUAGGUGCUAUAUCAUUAUGUUGACUUGUUUUAGUCAUUGGUUUCAUAAUGAUAGUAUUAAUACAGUUUCUUUUUCCAUCUACUUCCCUUUUUAUGUGAUUUUCAUCAAAAAAAGGCAAAAAAAAAGGGAUUGCAAUUUUCAGCACAGGGCACCCAUCAUGGAAGGUUGUUGAAGAACUUCAGCGAGCAGUUGCUGCAAAUCCUGAAGAGGUAGCUGUGGGCACCGAUCCUAAUAUUGACUAACAUGCCCUAAGCUACAACCAUGCAAAGUUUGGUGCUUUUGUCCGCUCUGUAUAGAUCUCGCCAAAAUUUUGCACUAAGCCACCGGACUAAAAGUAGAAGCGACUGUCGAGCGUGGGCAUAGAGUAAAAUCUGAAUGUUUUCGACACUUAGAGAAUAUUCAAGUUCUGACACACUAAGUCAACUCCCGAUGAAUAUCCACAGAAAUUAUCAACGAAACCUCACCAGAGUAUUUAGUGUUUGUUCAGAAAUGCCAAGCGAUUCUAAAUAAAGGUUUCGUAUUGUUGUGGACAAAUUCUCCGCGCUUGCAUUGUAAGCAUAUUCUUUAGAAUCUUGACUCACGGGUAUGGUUUUCAAAAUACUAGAUGCCCGGCAGUCGGAAAUUCACGUCCAAUUUACACGAAAUAUCUCAUUUACUUUGUGUAAAAACUUCAGGAAGUUGUUUAGAAAACUCAAGCGAUUUCAAAUACUGCUUUGGGCUUGAAGUAGAGGCAACCGUCGAGCCUUCUUGACCCAUUUUUGCCGUUCUCCUUGCCAUCGCCGGAUCAUGAAGUCCCUAUAGCAUUUGUGUCACGCAAUAAAUUGUAGGGUUACACCGGAAGUUGAAGGGCACUCUUCUGCCGAGUCGACAAAUUUCACGUUGUUUGUAACUCACAGGAACGUCUCCGGAGGAUAUCUGUUAAGACUACAGAUCUUUAUAAUUUUACACACAAAUUGAGUAGACUCAGCAGAUGCCGAGAAAGAUUUUAGUGAAAGUACCGGUGAGUCAAGAUUCUAAAGAAUAUACUUAAUGCAAGCUCGGAGAAUUUGUCCACAACAAUACGAUGGUGAAGUUUCGUUGAUAAUUUCUGUGGAUAUUCAUCGGGAGUUGACUCAGUGUGUCUGACUGCUGGGUAUCUAGUUUUUUGAAAACAGUUCUUGGCUGCCGGGUAUCUAGACACGUCAAAUAAUCAAUUAGAAGCUUAAGCUUAUAUUAAGCUUAAUAUAGAAAAAGUUUUGCUUCUUUGAUUUUAAUCAAUCUCUAUAAUUUUAAACUUAAAUUAAUGUGACUGUGUAGCAUUGGUUAUGAAUGCUUGCUUCUCUUAAUUAAUGAUUUGAGCCUAUGAACACUGUGAUAUUCUAAAUUUUUUUAUGGAUUAUUUUGGCCAAUUGAUUGAAAUCAAUAAGGUUUCCAAUGAGCAACCUCAGUCUUCUUGUAACAUAGAAAGAGAAGUAGGUGGGUACAAAAGAAGGCAGGUUUGAAAGAACCUCAAAUCUAAAACUUUUAACUCUUGCUUGAUUUAAAUUAAGAAUCAAUUUUGCAUUCUUUGUAGCUGGCAGGAUUAUUUUUGAACUGUUUGCUGACAUCUGUCCUAAGACAUCUGACAACUUUAGAGCAUUGUGCGCAGGUAGGGAAGGACGUAUUAAUGUAGAUACCGGUACAUAUUCUACUUCUACCACUACCAACUACUUUAUUAACAUUAAUAAUAAUAAUAAUGAUAAUAAUGAUAAUAACAAUAAUAUCAUUUUUCAUACAUGGUAACCACAUCAGUUACAUAUUACAUGUAAAUGUUAGUGUUUUAGAGUUGAUGUGUGGUUGGCUGUACUCACUUGUAAGUGGGAUGGGGUCAUAAUAUUAAAUUUAUGGCCACUUCCUUCCACUGACUUACAAUGCAUUAAGACAAGGAGUCACGGACUCUUAAAUGAUAACACAGAAAAAACGAAAAGCAGACAUUAAAAACUUUAGCAAGUGUAUUCUAAAACUAAAGGUAAUAACAGUGUUCCAGGUAAGAGAUGGGUCUUGGGUCAAUGACCAGACAAAGAAGGCUUCCUGACCCGACAGAUGACAUAUAAGUUUUAAGUUAAAUAUGGCAAAAAAAUUAGCGUGUGGUCUUGGUGACCCCUCAGAUGGUCUACAUGACCCCCCUCUUGAAAUAAUUAACUGGAACACUGAAUAAGAGGCCUAAAAAAAUGCCAGAAUUGACACAAUGAUGAGAGACUACUGAUAAACUAAUGCAAUAGUGUAUAGUACUGUAAAUUGCUGAACUUUUAAGGAAAUUAAUGGCUAUUUUUUAAGUGAUCAACUUGACAUUUCAUAGAAACUUUAAACAAGAUUUUUUGGAUUAACUUUGAACCUGUUUUUUAGGUGAAAAAGGUUUAAGCAGAACUUCUGGGAAGGCUCUUCACUAUAAAGGAUCAGGGUUCCAUCGAGUUAUCAAGGAUUUUAUGAUUCAAGGAGGAGACUUUACUAAAGGUACUUUUAUUUUUAUAUCAAGAUGGUAA